AUGAAAUCAUCCGGGAACGAAAGACUGUCCUCUUCUUCCCCCAAACUGUCCUCUCUGUCCCUCGCUCUCUGUGUCUCUCGCUCUCGAUCCGAUCCGUGGUGGGCUAGUGGCUCACGUCCCUGUUCCUCGCCGGCGGCAGCGGUGCUGGGCGAGCGGCUUCGCUGGCGAAGAGCAUCCACUAGGAUUGUGACUUGUGAGCUAGCCAAUGGGGAGGUAAUUUGUCCGGCUCGGCACGAGAUCUUGGUUCAUGGUGCCUGGAUGAGCAGUUGAGAUGCUACUGGCCGUGGAAGGAGGAGGGUUCUUCUCGUCUUCAGCUUCAGGGUACAGCCAUGGCCUCGCCCUCCUGCUGCUCGGAAGGAAAGCGGAAGAGAAGCCCGUCAAGGUCUCGCCGUGGAACCAGUACCGGCUAGUCGACCGGGAGGCCGAGCAGGUGUGCCAUCUGGCCUCCGGCAAGGAUGAAGCACCAGGGAAAUGUGCUCCCUUCGUCUGCUUCGGUUGCACGGCCAAUGGCCUCGAGGUGGCGUCGCCAGCAAAAGCGGGAUCGAGCAAUGCCUUGGGUAGCACACAGGAAGAUGAAGCAUCUUGCCCAGCAAACAAGAAGUUGACCACUAGUGGUUCCAUCACUGGGAAUGAGAGACGAGGCUGUCUUAAGAGCAACUCCAAAAGGGAUUCUUUGGAGCAUUGUAUAGUGGUGAGCGAGGGUGAGGAACCGCGCGAGUCACUGGAAGAGGUGCAGACCUUGAGAGCUAGCAUGGAACGGAGGAAAGUUCAGUGGACAGAUACAUGCGGAAAGGAUCUUUUCGAGAUAAGGGAGUUUGAAACAAGAGAUUUGCAAUUUGGCAGUGAUGAAGGGUUGUCAGAUGAUGAUGCUGAAAAUGAAGGUUUUAGGAAGUGUGAGUGUGUGAUUCAGUAGAUUCCAUUUCUUUACAACAAGCUUGACAGAAACAUUUCUUCAUGGGAAAUUGAAGUCCUGCUGGGCAGGGCAUGCUGCACUGGUAACUUCUCUGCAAUGGGAACAAUUGGUGGUAGUUGAAACGAAGCAAACAGCAACGACUUGAUAUCAUGCUAAAUUAUUUGUUGGUUCUAUGCUUAGCUAGUCUGUCCAGCAGGUUUACAGUUUUGACGGCCACCUGUACAAUAUGGAGAUUUGACUCAUUUGUUUCUUUUUUUUCCUUUAUAUUUUAUUUUCCUGGCUUUCCAUUGUGUUUUCAUGCCCGUUGUACCAUAUGAGGCUGUCCUGUUAGGCUGUUACGACCCGCUGUUCUUGUUUUGCUUUGCUUCUGACGUAUUGAGUGAUGGCUUGAUAUUUUCGUUCAAGUUGGUAAAGUUCAUGUCUUUGUUGUAUAAAAGUGGCUCCAAGCCAUUUGGGUUGUUUAACUCAGUCAUAUUGUGUUUUGAUGUGGGUUUGUUUU